ACAGACGCACACCAGACAACGCACAAGUGGAAUACGCCCUGACGACGUUAAUGGCAAUGGUGUCGGUGGAUCCGUCGGCGUUUCUGUUUGCGCUUUGCACCAGUGAAGUGCAGCCGCACCACUUUGCCUUUCACCUCUACACUGCCCAGAAGAACAGCAUUGGUGAGAAUGCCGUGGCCUCUGAGCCGCGCAGUUACUUUGAUCUGUUGUUGGUAGCGGUGUUGUGGUUUAUCCAGACCGAUCACGUGGACCAGAAACCCAACGGUAACUAUGGCAACCGUGCCCGGACCGACCCGGCCAAACGUGGGUCCGUGUCAGAAAAGGCGGGAGUGUCAAGGCGACAACAGACACACCGCCAGCCACAGAACAGUCGACUGCAGGUGCUGAGCACUCAACUGCUGCACAAGCUACUGCACCAGGCCAGACUACCAGCCCACACGUCCAAUCAGGUGGGUGCGUGA